AUGAUAAAGAGAAAACUGAUGCAAACUGUACUUCAAAUUGUUAAUCCAGAUAUUGAGGGAACAAAAGUUACUUGGAACACAUCUCAAUUUUGGGAUUUAUGGAUUCAUGCUGUAAAUGCUUUAUCUAUAUUGGCACCAAAAAUGCCAGAACAAUUCAUAGAAUAUGGUGGUGGUAUUAGAUUAUGUGUAAUGCUAGAAUGGUGUCUAAAUACAAAAUUUGAUAUCAAAAUAGUAAUGAAUUGUAUAAAAACAAUUUGCAUAAUUAUUCUAAGUAAUAAUAAAUAUUUAUUAGAAUACUUCCGAGAAUAUGGAAUUAUAUCAUCAUUAAUUAAACUUAUUAAGUAUAUUUUGAAAUUUGAAAAACUCAAAGAAAAGGAGCAAAAGGUUUUAACACUGGCAUUAAUAUCAGUUGAAAGACUCAUGAGAAAACAAAAAUUUUACCAUGAUAUAUAUGGAGAGUAUAGUAUUACAUUCAUCAUGAAACUAUUAUUUCGUUGUAUUUAUCAGAAAGGUAGUGAAUUCCAACUGGAUCAACGUCUUUUACUAGCAAUAGGCUCGUAUAUUUGGGAAUGCAUAAUAUGGUCUCCUAAAAGUCUUGAAAAAUUUAUUCGAUAUGGUGGUGUGUAUAUUAUCCUUGAUCUUAUUGAAAUUGUUCCAUAUUGUUCUCGUUGCUUAUUUCUUGCUGUUUUUACCGACAUGUGCGACAAUUUUUUUUGUGGGCCAUUUUUAUGUACAUGGAGGGCUACUGAUAAAAGGACAGGGUUAAUGUCUUUACUAGCAAAAAUAUGGAGAGAAGAAGAAAUACGGAUUGAAGUUAAAAGAAAUGUGGAUGGCACUGUAAAAGACGUGAAAUUACCCCAAAUGAGUAAGAAGCAGUGGUUAAAUACUUACUGCAUAAAAUUAGCUAGAGAUAAUAGUCCAGCAAUAAUUGACAUGAUUGGUUCAGUUAGAUCAAAAAUAUUUAGUAUUUGCAAAAUAAUUGAAAGAGAUAAUGAAAAGUAUGAAAUGGCCAAGGAACAUUAUAAAAAAUUACAUGCUAAUCUUUCAAUGGAAGACAGAAUUACGAUAUCUACCAUAGAAUUAUAUUUUACAUUGAAAUUAGGUCAAGUAUGGAUAGAAGUUGCUAAAUAUUUUGAGCAAGUUGGCAUUACUCCUCUUGGUAUGGAUGGUCAAGCACUUUUUUUGAUGACUCAACGUUAUCUUUUGUGGGGUAAAAUGACAAAAGAGAGACAGGCCAGAAUAAUACAAUCUAUAGAAAAAGAGGAAGACAUAGAAGAAAAAGACGAAUAUGCAAGGAUCCGUAAUUCUAAGCUUAUUUUAGCAUUAGAUGCAUUUGAUGAAAUAGAUUAUAUGUAUAGAACGACAGAUAGAUCAUAUAGGAUAAAGAAAAAGUAUGAACAAAUACGACAAAUUAAUUUAGCUUUAAAGUUCCCAUCUAUCUCAGGUGAUUCGCAUUGUCAUAGGACAUUCCAAGAUAAAAUAAUGGUUACGGCUAUAUUUAAUCAACAUCAAACAGUAAACAGCGGUUUGACAACAGAUCCAUGUUUAAGUCAAAUGAAAUUGGGGAAAAUUCUCCCUAUUUCUCCUUGUGAUUCCUACAUUUCUGACAUAACAUAUGAUUCUGAAUUACUUCCAUCUUCUUUAUCAAAUACCUGUCUCUCUAACAUAGAAAAGUUCUUAGAAAAUUAAUAAUUCCUAAUAAUUUAAGAUGAUAAAUUAAAAAUUUUAUUCAGUAAAUGCUAAAUUUUGUUUGAAUAAACUCCAUUAUUAUCAUCUUUGGAGACUAUAGAGAUCUUUAUUGCCGACAUGAAUAAUAUAAAUAUAAUUUUUCCCCUUUUUUAAAACAUUUUGAUAAUAAUUCAAAUACAAUUAAAAAAAUGAACUUUUCACUUUUAUCGAAUAAGAGAAAUUGAGGUAAAAUAUUGGUAUGUUUUAUUAUUUCCUUUUAAUCACCAAUAUUGAAUCCUUUGUCGGUGUUGUAAAAGAAAUCCUUAUUUAACAAAAGUUUUAACAAAUCAAUAAAAAAUCGAAAGUUUCUCCAAUAGAUAUAUCGGGCAAAGCUAGCGACGACUUGAUUGGUUCCUAUCGCUUGAUUAUCUGAACUGUAGAUUCAUUAUCUAGAUAAUGUAACGGAUACUCUAGCUGGGGAGCGUAUGAAGAAUGCCGCGGUAAGUCAGUGAGUGCCAACAUGCCGUUCCUGCCACAAGCGAUCGUCGUUGUCGUUCUCAUCCGUCUGGUACCGGUUUAAAGACGUGUCGUGGAACGUGAAAUCAAGUGCUCGGCUCCCUGUCUCGUCUUCUCGCGUACAGUUCGUCCCUGCUCGUGAAUGAAACAUAUAAAUCGC